AUCAGUUUGUCUCAGAAUUGUCUCUUAUAAUUAGUAUAUGUAUUGAAAAGCAUUUACAUUAUUUUGCAUAAAUAGUAAAAUUAAUAGCAAAUUAUCAAAAUUGAUAGUAAAAUGGAUAAUAAUAAUAGUGAGUUCAAAUCAAAUGAUCAUAAAUUUCAACAACAAAAAUCAAUAUGUAUUGAAUUGAAUGAUGAUAUCAAUGGUGUGGUGUUUAAUGGGGGUCGCCGUCGAAGUAAUGCCUUUUCGUUUUCAAGUGACACCCGAAGUGUGGCCGAAAACGAUGAGUGCAUCGAUGAUACCAAAUAUGAGUCACUCGUAUCAAAUACCGUACAAGUGAUCAAACACCGAGAUUUUGUCGACGAGUUUCGACCGAAACGGGAUAUCGACUUAUUUAAGGCCGACCCACAUGUCAUACUCGACUGUCAAGAGUAUAAUUUAGAGGCAAUUAUUCAUAAAAUGAUUUCCCAUUUGAGUGAUAAUGAAAGUAACGAAGGAUUAUAUGAAGCAAAAAAGACACUCUUCGCUGAUGGAAAUCAACUCUUGAGAAAUACUAUACAAGGAAUGUAUGGACUGUCAAGUGAUGAGCACUUCCAGUACGACCAGUCAUGGCUAUGCACUUUUUGUUCGUUGCCAUCGCUAAGCAAACGCAAAGUCUGUAUCGCAAGACUAAGACAUCCAACAAAUUUAGGAAUUACUUCACACGACGUUAUCUUUUUUAUACUAAUAUUGGUCCCAAUCUAUGAGAAAGCGACAAAAAGUGCAGAAGAGGCCAGUCGUACAUUUGGCACCAUUUUUGCUGACAUCAACUUUAGACAAAAGCUUAUAAAUGCCACAAAUGAACAGCAAUUCAUUGAUUUAAUUGCCAAAAGAGCCCAUAAUUUGUCUGAAAAUGCUUUCUCAAARUACAACUUCUUACAGAAAAUCGCCGAAAAAGAGACCAGAUCUCGUCUAUCAUUUGGAAAGGGAAUCAUUGAGAAUGUUAGCCGAAGAUUGAAAUACUAUUACAGCGAUUAUGUCGACGGUUUUGUCGGUCCCAAGACAUUACAUAAGACAAUAUCAACGACUAUAUCAUUAUAUUUUGCGUGUCUUCUGCCAUGUAUUGCAUUUGGAGUAUUGGACGAUAAAAAUACUAAUCACAUGAUUGACACCCGACGCGCAUUAAUUGGUCAAACUAUUGGUGGAGCAGUGUUUGCAUUGAUAGGCGGUCAGCCACUGGUCAUCAUAAUGACAACUGCACCCCUAUGUCUCUAUAUUAAAGUAGUCUAUGAUAUUUCACUUGACYUGGAGGUCAACUUCUACGAUAUGUUUGCCUGCGUUGGCCUCUGGAACACAUUGUUUGUAUUAUUGUAUGCAGUGUUUGACGUAUCAGUGCUGAUGAGGUGGUGCUCCCGAUCUACGGAAGAAAUAUUUUCAUUGUUUAUAUUCUUUGCCUUUUCUGUCGAUGCCAUCAAAGAGUGUGUCAAAAAUUUUCAAACGUAUUACUGUGUGAAUGAAUGCCUUAAUAAUAAUACAAAAUCAAUGGACAUAACAAGUGAUUGUCUCCAACAAAACAGUAUAUUAUUUCUGUUCCUAAUGUUGGCUACCGUAUGGUUGGCCCAAACAAUCUACAACUUCAACAAAACGCCUUACUUGAGUGGCAAUAAGCGAGAAUUAUUGGCCGAUUAUGCCCUUCCCUUGUCUGUCAUUGCAUUCAGUUUUGUCGGCACUUUCCUAUUUAGAGAUAUCAAAGCCGAACCCUUCAAAAUUAGCGACAGUUUUGAGUUCAAAAGCGCUUCAUUUACGACAUUAACGGCUGAAUCAGUGUUUGUAGGUAUGGCUCUGGGCUUUGCUCUGUCGCUACUAUUUUUUAUGGAUCAGAAUAUAUCUGCAGCAAUGGUUAAUAAUCCCAACAAUAACUUAAAGAAAGGCAGUGCUUAUGACUGGGAUCUGUUAGUUGUGGCCAUACUUAAUGGUUUUCUGUCUAUAUUUGGUAUGCCAUGGAUGCACGGCAUACUCCCCCACUCACCUCUUCACGCCCGUAGCUUAGCUGAUGUCGAACAAAGAGUAACCGAUGGCUACGUUCACGAUAUUAUUAUCAAAGUUCGUGAGACCCGUGUGACCGGUCUGGCCAUUCAUAUAUUGAUUGGUUUAUCGUUGUUCUUAAUACCACAUCCAUUGGAUUACAUUCCCGUAUCGGUAUUGAGUGGUCUGUUUCUCUACUGUGCCUUUGCAUCACUUCGAGGCAAUUCAUUCUUCGAAAGGAUUCUCCUUUUUCUUACUGAACAAACUGCUUAUCCACCAAAUCAUUACGUGCGUCGAUGUCCACAAAGAAAGAUCCAUAUCUUCACUUUUGUCCAAUUAAUUCAAUUGGUAAUCUUGUGCUUCUUUGGUUUCGCCCCCUGGGCUUACGUUCAAAUGGCGUUCCCUAUUAUAAUAGCAAUACUAAUACCUAUAAGAUUUUUAUUAAUGCCAAUGUUUUUGGAAAAGCAAUAUAUGGAUGCAAUUGAUGGAUACCAUUAAAUAAAAACGGAAAGUGCAUAAAAAAUAAACACAAAAUUAAUAUAAAUUUAAUUAUUUAUGUUUUUAUAA